AUGCAUUCCCAACAAACAGAAUCUGCUGGCCCUGGCGCCGAGCAGAAGGAGCCCAAGAGCUUCGAGAGGAUGUCUUCCAGCCUGCCUUUUGGCCAGCAUCUCUCCCUCGAGUCCAUCAGUGGCCCCACCUACCUCACAGCGCAGACGCUUGUCCAGCAAGUGGCAUAUGCGCUUUCGCACAAGAUCUUUGCCUACUCAGCUGAGUCAUUCGACUUGGAUGUGGCAAUCAAGAACUGGCACGCCCAGGGCGAGAAGAAUGCCUUUGGACAGCAGACUGGAGUCUCUUCUUUAGAGACCAGGACGGGAGCUGGCGCCAUUGCCCUGGGUUACAUGUUCUCCAAGGACUUUGACCUCAAGAAACGCCACCUUCCUCAGUCCAUCAUUGCCUCUUCCUCGACUCUCAAGUACCUCCGCUCCUCCCUCGACCAACUUUCGGCCCUCUAUUCGGUCGCAAACCCGCUCACCGCUCACAUCGCUGCUGUCGACUACUCGGCCAGCUCUGCUGCUGGCUUGGUCACUGACUAUGUUUCGUCUCUCAACCUCGCCGAGGACUUGGGUCUCGCACUCGUCUGCAGCCCUUCCGUCUUUGAGACACAGCACAUGUCGCUUUUCGCUACCCUGCUCUCCAGCAUCUUACCUACAAUCCACACAUAUGACGGCAUUAGUGUCGGUCGUGAAACUGCCCGUUUGGUAGACACGAUGGACCAGCCCAGACUUUACAAUAACUACCAAGCUGUCCUGAAAGCUAUCUCUGAGGUUGACAAGAAGCACUCAGACCCUGCUGGACGUGUGCUACGUCUGUUACAAGCCUUCAACGACGAGCUCGGUGAAGACUACAAGUUGUUUGACUACUACGGCCACGAGCAACCAGAGAGUGUGCUUGUAGUCUUUGGUACCGUCGAGGCAUCGUUAACAGCACAAGUUGCCAACGCUCUAUCCCGUGAUGGUGACAAGGUCGGUGUCAUCAACGUUCGCGUCUACCGCCCGUUUGUUGAGGAGGCUUUCCUUGAAAUGCUUCCCAAAAGUGCUCGCCACAUUGCUGUGCUUGGUCAGGUCAAGGAUGAAGCCGCGGUACUUGAUCCUGCUGAGUUUUCCACACUUUACGCCGAUGUGUUGGCAGCAAUCCAGUUCGCUUUCGACCGCAACGUUGAUGUCUCAGAUGUGAAAUAUUCACGUGAGCAAGUGUGGACCCCAAGUAAUAUACUCGAUGUCUUCCGUCAGAUCCACGCCGAGAAGACCCAGACCGAGGUACGCUCGUAUGUCGACAUUCUUAACACCGCAGACGUUAAGCAGUACACUUUCUGGAACUUGGACGACUCACCUGCUUCAAAUGCCCCAGGUGUUCUUGGCAAGCUCCUGUCCACAGAUUCCUCGAAGAAUGUCUUCGUCCGCAGUGGCCACGACAAUCUCGUUCGGGGUGGUGUCACUCGUACUGACAUCCGCAACGCUGACUAUACCAUCGAGGCACCUUACUCAGUUGAGCAGGCUGAUCUUGCUUUUGUUGGCGACUUCACUAUCCUACAAGAGUUCAACGUCUUGAACAGUCUCAGGGCAGAUGGUUCGCUCAUUAUCAAGCUUCCAGGCGUCAAAGACGAGGAGCUCGAGAGCAAGCUCUCGCCAGCAUUUCGCAAGGCUCUUGUCGAUCAGGACGUGAGCCUUUUUGUAUACGACCCUGCACUAUCUGAGGUUGUUGCUGAGGAUCCUACUCUCGAGGUAUACCUCACCGAACUGGUUUUUCUCAAGGUCGCGCGCAAAGAUUUGUUGACCUCCGGUCUUUCGAAGCUUGCAGCCAUCAACGGAAGCUUUGAGGUCUUCGAUAAGCUUUUACAGCAACUAGAAAGCAUAUUGCGUGAAGUCGAGGUGCCUGCUGCAUGGGGUACUGUGGAGGAAGAUGUUGAGCCCAUCCGCUUCCCUUCGGACCUCAACGUUAACAGCUUUGCUCCCUUUGAUCGUAUCGAGCCUGAGCCGCCUGCCCUACUCAAGGACUGGCAGAUUGCUGCCAAGGGCUUCGCUUUCAAAGAAGCCUUUGGAACCGCCAACCAAGUUCGUCCCGAUCUCGGUUUCAAGACAAGCAUCGUUACUGUCAAAGAGCGCCGACGCCUCACACCUGACACAUACAACCGUAACAUCUUCCACAUCGAGUUCGAUCUCGGUGACUCUGGCGUUACUUACGCUAUUGGUGAGGCCCUCGGUAUUCAUGCUGAGAACGAUAUGGAGCAGGUUGAGGAAUUCAUCAAAUGGUAUGGCCUCAACCCCAACGAGAUCGUCGAGGUACCAUCUCGGGAGGACCCCAACGUUCUGGUCAACCGUACCGUAUACCAGUCAUUGAUGCAGAAUGUUGACAUCUUUGGUCGCCCACCCAAACGCUUCUAUGAAGCUCUUGCAGAGUUUGCGGAUGACGAGCGCGAGAAGAGGGAGCUUCUGCAGCUUGUCAGUGCCGAGGGUGCCUCUGAGUUCAAGCGUCGUGCUGAAGUCGAUACUGUCACCUAUGCCGACAUUCUCCUCGAAUUCCCAUCUGCGCACCCAUCAUUCCAUGACAUUGUCCGUAUCGUGGACCCGAUGAAGCGCCGCGAGUACUCUAUUGCCUCUGCACAAAACGUUACACCCAAUUCCGUCGCUCUCCUUAUUGUUACGGUAAACUGGGUCGACCCCAAGGGCCGUGAUCGUUUCGGCCAGGCUACACGUUAUCUCAACGCACUCAAGGUCGGCUCUCCCGUUACUGUGUCCGUCAAGCCGUCCGUCAUGAAGUUGCCCACCAAGACAACCGCGCCCAUCAUCAUGGCGGGCCUUGGAACCGGUCUUGCACCCUUCCGUGCCUUUGUCCAAGAGCGUGCUUAUCAAAAGCAACAGGGACAUGAAAUUGGUGAGGUCCUGCUCUACAUGGGCUCCCGUACACAGCGCGAAGAGUACCUCUUCGGCGAGGAAUGGGAAGCCUACCAGGACGCUGGCAUAAUCACACUUCUUGGCCGUGCUUUCUCUCGUGACCAGCCCCAGAAGAUUUACAUCCAGGAUCGCAUGCGAGAGACUCUGACUGACAUCAGGCAAGCUUAUUUGGAGAAAGAGGGAAGCUUCUACCUGUGUGGACCGACGUGGCCUGUUCCUGAUGUCACGGAAGUGCUCCAGGAGGCUAUUGAGGUUGAGCACAAAGCCAAGAAUCCGGGAGCGAGAAAGGUGGAUUCACGCAAGGAGAUUGAGAAGUUGAAGGACGAAGGGAGAUAUGUCCUUGAAGUUUACUAG